UUGAUCUUAAUGUCUUCCUCUGAUCCUUCCCUUCCAUGCAGCUUUCCCGCUGAACUUCAUUCUUAUGCCGAGACUGCCUUCUCUUUCCUCUCCUCCUCUGAAGCCCGCAAAAUCCCAUCGGGCCCAUCCACCUUCUCUCUCUCUCCUCGCCGACUCCUGUACGUCGAUGCGGCAGAUCGUGCAAGUCCACGCCCACAUGAUCGUCACCGGCCGCAUCUCCGACAACUACGCAGCCAGCCGCGUUCUCUCCUUCGCCGCCCUCCACCCUUCCGGUCAUCUUCCCCACGCCCUUGCCCUCUUCUCAUCCUCUCCCUCCCCGAACUCAUUCAUGUACAACACCCUUAUCCGCGCCCUCGCUGCAUCUCCCUUUCCAUCCCGAGCCCUUCUCCUCUACCCCCAAAUGCUCCUCCAAGGCCCUCCCCCCGGCUGCCACACCUUCCCUUUCCUCCUCAAAGCCGCCGCCACUGGCGGCGAUCUUUUCGCCGCGCGACAAAUUCACACUCAUGCAUUUCGGCACGGCCUCGAUUCCGACCCCUAUGUGGCCAAUGGCUUGAUUCGUUCAUACGGCACUUGCGGCUUUCUAGACGAUGCACGCCAACUGUUUGAUGAAAUGCAUGAGAGGAAUGCCAUUGUCUGGACCACGAUGGUCAGUGGGUACGCUCAGAACUUCUGCUCGAAUGAGGCGGUGGAGCUUUUCCUUGAGAUGAUGAGGACGGGGAUCGAGCCCUGUGAUGCCGCUCUGGCAUCGGUUUUGUCUGCGUGUGCUCGGUUGGGAGGGCUCCAGUUGGGUCGGCAGAUCCAUGAACUGAUCAUAGAGAAGGAGAUUGUGCUGGGGGUUAUACUUGGCACUGCAUUAAUUGAUAUGUAUGUUAAAAAUGGGGAGAUAUGUGUUGCUCGGAAGCUGUUUGUAGAAAUGCCUGAGAGGAACAUUGCUACAUGGAAUGCAUUGAUCUGCGGGUCAGCUCACUAUGGUCAUGCUAGAUAUGCACUAGAGCUCUUCCAACAGAUGGAGGAGGAGCUAGAGAUCCAACCAAAUGACAUAACCAUUGUUGGAGUCCUAACUGCUUGCUGCCAUGCUGGGAAGAUUGAUUUAGCUCGACGGGUCUUUCACUCAAUGGAGAAGAACUAUGGGAUUGAGCCAAAAGUGGAGCAUUAUGGUUGCAUGGUUGAUCUUCUUGGCCGGAGUGGCAGGUUGAAGGAGGCAGAGGAGUUGGUGAAGGGAAUGAAGUGGGAGGCAGAUGUUGUGGUCUUGGGUGCUUUGUUGUCUGCCUGCAGAAGCCAUGGUGAAAUUGAGAUUGCAGAGAGGGUUGUGGAGAAUAUUCUCAGGGUGGACCCUGAAAACCAUGGGGUUUAUGUAGUGUUGUCAAAUAUGUAUGCAGAAGUCGGGAGGUGGGAAGAUGUGGAGAGGUUGAGAAGAGUGAUGAGGCAUGGCGGGCUGAAGAAGAUUUCCGGAUGGAGCUGUUUUGAUGGUACUGAGAGUUAGAUCAUCUCCAACCGAACUGCCUGUUCGCGAAUCACUGCAUUCGAAUUUCAAAUCUCUUGUCAAAAAUUGGUAGGUGAACAGUGCGACUCCAAUAUUGGCAUCA